AAAACAAAUCAUGCAAAAUAUAAACAUUGCGCCAAUUGGAGUUUUUUCUUGUUUUCGUUUGGUAGUUCGGGAAGUUGUAUCCUUAUAAAUAAGAUAAGAGACUCACCUUCCCUCCCGUAUGCCAAAGCAAUAAUGAGACUUAACGAAAACAUAAAAAUAGUCGGUAGAGCGGUAAUUUUGGUUCCUUAUGAAAGUAAACAUGUUGCAAAAUACCAUGAAUGGAUGAAAAACGAGGAGCUACAGCAACUGACCGCUUCCGAACCGCUGACUCUCGACGAGGAAUACGAAAUGCAAAAAAGCUGGCGAGUGGACGAAGACAAAUGUACCUUCCUUAUCCUCGAUCGAGCACUGUUUGAAAAAACGGGGGAUGAGAUUGCUGCCUUGGUUGGAGAUACCAACAUUUUCCUACAAUCAACCACAGAGGCCGAAGACCCCCAGGGACAGGGAACAGACCAGCUGACCAACAGCGAAAGGCGCACUGCGGGUGAAAUCGAAAUUAUGAUCGCCGAGGCUAGUGCCCGAGGGAAACGGUUUGGCUGGGAGGCAACCCUUUUGAUGCUACUCUUCGGCGUGGAACACCUUCACAUCGAGCACUAUUUAGCCAUCACGAAGGAUUCGAACACGAGAGCGAUGCAAAUGUUCGAAAGGAUGAAGUUUCUGGAAACCAAGCGCACUCCGGUGUUCCGAGAGGUGACCUUUGGCUGCACUAUAGACGAAAGUUGGCUGGGGUGGGUAAAAUGUGAAGUUGGCUCGUACACGAUCGAGCCUUACCACACAGAAUAGAUGUCUAAUUUUGAAAAAAAGAAUUCUAUUAAAUACAAAGACAAAUAUAUUUG